GUGGCACCGGCCAGGGUGGGUGGGAUUUGCGUCCGGGAAGAAGGGGCAGCACUUCGCAACCCUGCACCUAUUAGGCUCUUGCUCCCAGGGCUGGGUGCCUGCCUGCAGCCCAGUCCCCUUCCCUUGCUCCUCCUCCGUAUCAUGUACCUCGUCCUGGGACCCUGCAGCCUGGGUUUGGUGUCCUGGGACCCUGCAGCCUGGGUUUGGGGUCCUGGGACCCUGCAGUCUGGGUUUGGGGUCCUGCAGCUCUCCCCGUGUCCAAGCCCACGGGAAUCUCCAUGCUGGGGGGUGCAGGGCUGGGGUGGAGUGGUCUGGACAUGCUGUGCCCCAUCUGCCCCAGAUUUGGUUUUGUCUGUGGGUUCUCCCUGGCGGAAUGGAGGAGCACAGCACGGCGCGGGGAGGAUGUUUGCAGUGGCGUGGGCAGUGUGGCCACUCAGUCUCUCCCUCCGGGCCACCCCUGGUGAUGGUGCUGACGGGCGGGUGCUCUUGCCCUGCAGGUGUGCACUGCAGGAACCACAUCACGUCGCACGGGCUGGCGCUGAACUGCUGCACCGACCUCAGCUGGUUCGAGCACAUCGUCCCCUGCGGGCUGGAGGGGAAGGGGGUCACCUCGCUGAGCCACGAGCUGGGCCAGCACGUCGCCGUCGGCCACGUCCUCCAGCCCUUCCUCGACUCCUUCCAGGAGGUGUUUGACUGCACCUUGGUCUCUUCAGAAGACCCCGGGGAUUAGGAUUGCUGGGGUGCCUUGGACGGGUGUUUUGGCAAAGCCAUGGCGUCAGGGCAGUGCUGGAGUCUCCCUGGUGAGACCAGUUCUCGUGCCUUUGCCUGUAGACUGCGAGUGGACAGUGGCACAGGCCUUCAGGCUGCUGCUUGAACAUCCAGACCUCCGCUGGGGCUCUUCUCUCCAGCCCAGUGAGUCUCCAUCCUUUGGCUGAGACCUCCGUGGGUGCCACAUCCCCACGCCACUUGCUGGGGAAGUACCCAAACAGGUGCUUUUGUGGGGGUUUUUCUGCUUUUUGCCCCGCAAAAAUUAGUGAUUUGUGUGAGUGCUGAUGAAUUCGUCUGAAUUCAUGUGGGUUGAGCAUCCUUCCCUUGCUGAAGGGUAAAAAGAGGCAGAUUUUAUAUAUAAAGAGAG